AUGACUGGUCAAGAGAUCUCCCCCGACACGGUGAUUACGUUGACCGACGGACGGCAGGCUACUGUUCGUUUCAUCGGUCUCACCCACUUCGCGAAUGGAGAGUGGAUUGGUGUUGAACUGAACGACGCCACUGGCAAGAAUGACGGUGAGGUUCAAGGAGAGCGUUAUUUCCAAUGCGACCCAGGAUUUGGCAUGUUCAUCCGCCCAACGGCCAUUGGUACAGUUCUUCAACAACCGUCGCGGGAGAGUAAACAAACCGCCAGACCCGGUUCCAAUGCGCCUACCGGCAGACAAUCCCAAGCGGGGGGCACUGCAGGUGUACGAAAAUCUGUCGCAUUGCCCCCGACAGCUGUCAAGCGUCAAAGCACAAAUGCAAUUGGUACUCCGACGCCUGCACCAAAGACAGGCUCCCGACCAUCGCUGAGGUCUCCCACGAAGUCUCCUACCAAACAAUUAUCCUCUGCUACAGCGCCCUCCAACCGUUCUUCGAUCGUCGGCGCUUCACGUACCUCCACAGUCGCACCCAAUCGCCCGCGAUUGGCCUCUACAGCGAGAGCUUCAAUGGGCCAACCUGGAGCCCAACCAGCCAGCUCAAGGGCAUCUCGGCCGUCGGUCUCUGGAACAACAAGGACGUCAAGACCGGGAUCGCAGAGUACCAUUUCGAACGCCGGUCUAUCUAAGCGACCGUCAUUGCGCCAGGUUGCCUCCGCAAAGGCCUCGGAUGCUGGCGAAACAGGAACAAGCGGACCAUCAGAAGGCCCGACUGACGCGGAGUCCCUAGAAAAUGAAGGGGAAAGCCCCAGAAAUGAAGAAGCCGCACCUGCGCCAGCGCCGGCAGCUGCGCCUGCGCCCAGAGCAUCGAGACAGUCACUGACAGCUACUCGCUCGGCGACUUCUCGACCGGGUGCUGUGCCGUCAACGACCCGCCAAACACCAAAUGCUGCUGUUGCUCGAGAACUGGAGGAACUCCAGACUCGACUCCGAGUGAUGGAAAAGAAACGGACCGACGACCGCGAGAAGCUCAAGAUGCUGGAACAAUUGCAAGCGGAGCGCGAUAAGUUUGAAUCGAUUAUCCAGAAACUCCAAGCAAAGUAUCAGCCGCAGCAGAUGGAAAUUACGGAGCUGCGGAAAACUCUGAAAGAAACGCAAGGCCGUCUUGAGCACCUGGAGCGAAUGGAAGCUGAGCAUGAAUCACUUAUGGAAAUGGCCACUCUGGACCGGGAAAUGGCAGAAGAAACGGCCGAAGCCUUCAAGCACGAGUGCGAGACUGUACGACUAAAGCUGGAAGAGCUUCAGCUGGAAGUUGAAGUACUACGAGAGGAGAACGAAGAGUUCGCUCAAGUCACGAGUCCAGAAGAACGAUCCAGCCAAGGAUGGUUGCAGAUGGAAAAGGCCAAUCAGCGUCUGCGCGAUGCUCUGAUACGACUUCGAGAUAUGACACAACAGCAGGAAUCGGAUCUCAAGGCCCAGAUCAAAGAACUUGAAGAUGACCUUGAAGAGUAUGCUGCGGUCAAGGCUGACUAUGAAGCCACAAAGGAAAAGCUUCUCGUGGCAGAGACCAAUGUCGAUGACCUAAAGCAACAACUGGAAACCGCAUUGGGAGCCGAGGAGAUGAUCGAAGAACUAGCCGACAAGAACAUGCGUUACCAAGAAGAGAUCAAUGAGCUCAAGGCGGCCAUCGACGACCUGGAAGACUUGAGAGAGAUCAGUGAUGAGCUGGAGUCUACGCAUAUCGAGACUGAAAAGCAGCUUCAGGACGAAAUUGACUACCGUGAUACCGUUUUCACGGAGCAGCUUCGCAAGAUUGCGCAGCAAGACGAGGUGAUUGAGGACCUGGAGUACACCCUGUCUCGCUUUAGGGAGUUGGUUACCAAUCUGCAAGCCGAUCUGGAAGAUAUGCGGGCAUCUCAACAGAUCACCGAAGCUGAAGCCACUGAUUUGACCACCCGGUCACGAGCCAUGAUGGAUUUAAAUAUGAAGCUACAGGCUUCCGUGUCAAAGGCGCAGACGAAAUCCAUUGACGUGGAACUAAGUCGCAUGGAUGCUGAAGAAGCCGCUCAGCACCUGGCGAUCGUUAAGCUCUACCUUCCUGAAUAUUAUGAAGGAGAGCGAAACUCAGUUCUCGCUCUUCUUCGAUUUAAGCGGGUUAGCUUUAAGGCCACUGUCAUGCAUCAGACCGUCCGCGAGCGAAUUGCUGAGCAAUCAUCCAUCUCCACCCAGGAGGAGAUGUUGUACGCGCAUGAGGUCUCCGAGCGUCUCUUGUGGAUUUCGACUGUAUGCGAUCGCUUCGUUAAUUACAUCAGUGCUUGUUCGCCGGAAGCUUUCGGCAACAUCAAGGUGGCUUUGUUCGAGAUGGAGCCUGUCGAGCGCACCUUAAAUUUCUGGCUUGAGAACCUCAAGAAAAAUGAGGUCAAUGCGAAGAAAUUUGCAGUCGAGUUACAGCGCUCUAUUGCCUUACUUUCACAUUUGACGGAGAGCCUGCUUCCCUGUACCCCGGAGAUUUUUGCCGAGGAGUUGUGCAUGCGUGCAACUCUGUCCCAAUCGUACCUUGAUCAUAUGGCAGCGGUUGUCGCUCGGCUGAAGUCGUUAGUGCAGUCUAAGCUUCCGGUCCCGGCAGAGGGUAGCGAACUCCGCGAGGAGGGCUCUUUCGCUUUCAAGCAAUUGGACUCAUUCGUGUCCCAGGCGCGUGGGUUCAAGGUUGCCAUGGGCAAAAUCUACCGUUCCCUUGAAGAUCUGCGUUCUAGGUCCCUCGCGCUUUCCAAGGAGGCCGAUGAGCCUUUCAGGAAGAUGGAGAUCUUGACAAAGCAGCUGUCGGAGCUCGCUCGCAAAAUGUGCGAGAGUGUCAUCUCUGCCACUAGUGACGAGGGCCGUACUGAACCUUACUCCAUGGAGGAGAUCAUGGAUGGUAUGUCUCAGGCGAUGGCAGCCUCUACACAGCCUUCUGACGACACCACCGAAUCCGAUGAUCCCGUUUCGUUGCUGAUCAACAGGCUGCGCGACAUGGGCCCCCAGAUUGAAGAACUUGACUCUAUCGCAGGGGAUCUCUCUCGUACAGCCGAGUUCGAGAGGGGAGCUUUCCCUUGGGUAGCCCGGUCAGAGGAAUUGAAGUCCAACAAGACGAUAUCGCCAGAUGCUGACGAGGAGAUCCGUCGCCUGAAGAACGAAGUUCACGAAGUUUCCACGGCCCUCGGCGUGAAAGAUAACACACUCGAGGAACAAAGUAUUAAGAUCGAGCUUCUUGAAUCACGCAUGCGAGAGGCAGCUAAAAAGGCAGCUAUGGUGAAGGAGCUUGAAACUAAGAUUGAAGAGAUCCAAGCAACGAGCUCGGAGCUCGAGAAAACCGUUGACCUGCAGAAGAAAGAACUUCAGACUGCCGAGGCUGAACGUGAUGAAUUCAAGGCUCGCAUCGAAAGAAUGAAGCGCAUGUCUGGAACCGCAGGCGUCUCAGCUACCGGCGACGCCAUCGUUAUUGACAACGAGGCCUCUCUGGCGGCGAUGCAAGAGAAUGAGACCCUCCGUGCCGAAGUUCAAAGCCUCCAAGCGGCUGUGCGUUUCCUGCGUGAAGAGAACCGCCGCGCGAAUCUCCUUGACCCCUACUCGGUGCAGCGGACGACCGACAUGCACGCCUGGUUGGAUGCACCUCUUACUCGGACUGCUCCAACACCAGAGCAGGAGAAGACCCAGCGGACUGCCCUUGAAAGUCGGGAUGUUCUCACUCAUCUGCUCAGGCUCACCAAGGACACUCGCGUGUGUGAUCUGAAGUCCAGCAUGGUAUCAUCUACCGGUGAUGAAGCCUCCGCCAACCGUACCACAUGGCGUCCAUCGAAGUCUCGUCUCCGCUACCAGGUUCUUCAACAGCGGGAACACUACGAGCACUGGUCUGAAUGGCGCGACGAAAUUGUCAACCACGAGCGCGAACAGGACCGCCUGGCCGCUGCCAAGAGGGAGCGUGCGCUCCGCGAUCGUCUUCCCAAGCACGCUCACAAGGCUUCUGUUGAAUUCCCUCAGGGCUUGGGCCAUGGUAUGAUGGGUCGAGCAUGGCAGAUUAUGGGAAUGCAGAAUGGCCAUCGCAAGACUCUGUCGACCAGUGGAGUCGGUCCGGAGGGUGUGGAGAUUGUAUCCACGGAUUAG